ACUGUGCUAUAAGGCGGAAGGUUCGUUUGAGGGGCUCAAAGUUUAGACUUGCGUUCGCCGGACAUCGACGGCACUUCUCGCUGUUCCUGUGGAUUACCUGGCGCAACAGCCGCGAUGCCGGAGGCGACCAGCCAACCGACCACCCAGAGUCACUUCCUGAACAGGAUCUCGAACUUUCCAGCCGUCGUGACUGCUCUGGACACCGCCAAACAGUCGUACAACCAAGUCAAGGACCGCAAUGGGCUGCUCAGCUACACGCUCUCAACGGCCGAGCGGUCGGCCGCCUACGCCGUGGAGCAUUCCCUGCCCCUACUCGGCUUGCUCUCCGGCCCAGGACAGUAUGUGGACAGCUUGGCGUGCAAAGGACUGGACAAGAUCGAGAAAACCUAUCCGGAGGUAAAAAAGAACCAACCCGAGAAGAUCUUCCAGGACGCGACCACGUACGGCCUCAAGAAGUACGAGGAAGCUCGGCAGUACGCGGUGUCCCUGGUACGCAACAGCACGUCGCAGGCUAUGCACGCCCUUGCUCAUCCCCGGGAGGUGGUCACGACGGCGUACCAGGCGUGCCACAAGCGGACGCAGGAGUACAUGCAGACUGCCCUCACCGUCACAGAAGACAGGUUGAACAAAGAACUGUCUUCGAUGGGUGUCGAGGUGCAAGCCACAAAGUACGAAGGCCUUGAGCUGGCGAACCGCCUGAACUCCAUCACCAGCAAGAGCGGAACGUUUGCCGUAAAGGUGGCCCAGAAGCAGUACAAGGCGUUCCAGGACGCUUCCUCUAAGCUGUCCGCGCAGGCACAGGUGGCACUGGGUGCCCUCCAGAAAAUAAAGAACGGCCUCCUGGACAACAGCAAGAGCCUCAAGGACAUCCUCAACGAACUGCAUCCGGAGGCCAACUGGAUCAAAGCUUUGCUCAACGACCCCGAUCCUAGUACACACAAGACCUUGCCGUCCAAAGUCUUGGUCGUGAGCAACAACGCAACCAACCAAAUCGUGGCGCUGGUGACGGAGCGUUCCAAGUUGGCCCGCAGUCUGCAGGAAACCUACGCCAAGAUCUCGCCCGAACUCAACAAGCGACUCGCCCCCAUCAGACGCCUGGCCACCGACGCUCUCCUCGAAGUGUACGCCAAAGUCAAGUAUGUGACCGACGGCUGCAAACGGGCCGUCCUUGCCGCACUCGGAUACCUGCCAACCGCCACCAGGAACCAGCCUCGCAGGGAAAACGACUCUAACAAUGUUCAGGACCAGAAGAAGACGGAUGGCGAGUGCUCCUCUUCAAGCUGCUCCGAAAGCGACUGAUAAAACUGCGUUGAUGUCAUCGCUACGCCCUAUUUUUGCAUAAAGAAAAAACACACACUAAACUGAAGUAUUUACGACGUACGCGUACUUUAGCGACGAAAGGUACAGGUUCUUUCAAGCAUCUGAUUGUUUCAAGCCAUCUCAGGGUAGCUCAGAUGGGGCACAAAGAUCGGUACCCGAUUCGAUUUUUGACAUGACGAAUAAGGGUUGAAACAAAACUUGAGACAUGGUGAAAACAAAAUUUGCUCCACUGAGUUGUGGCGUAACUUGUGGUUAACAGUUACGUAGAACGGAGUAAAAACUCGUUUGUAAAAAAAA